GCCGACGACGACCGUCGCAGGCAGACUCAUCCACGAUGACGGACGUCUUCACGCUCCUGAGCCUCCCGAAGACCUCCAAGGCGUUCAACGCGCUCCCCGCAGUCGGGGCCAGCGAGCGAGAGGGGUCCGCGUCUCCUCUCCACAAGGUACCCCGUCUGGACCGCGACUCUGACUCUGCUUCUGCAUCUAGGUCGCGCGCCGGGGCAGCGGAUGCGGGUGGGCGUAUUACGAUCAAGAUAUCGGGGACGCCUAUCAAACCGCCGACUGUGACUGGCAGGCCUGGCGACAAGGACUUCGCCCUCGUCACCAGGAGCGUCCGCGCCCUCCUAGACAAGCAGAACAAAGAUGGCUUACCCGUUGCCUAUGAGUACAUAUACAGAGCGUGCCGCUCCGCCGUGGACGUGUACAACCGCGGCGAGGGCCUCUACGAGAACGUCAAGCUCGAGCUGGAGAAGUGUGUCGGCAGCCUGGCGAAGGAGCUCCUGCAGAACACGGCCGGGAAGGUCGAGUGGUUGCUGGAUUUCAACGAGAUUUGCGCUUGGUUCGACAAGCAAACAGCUAUCCUCCAAUCGGUCCUCACGUACCUGGACAGAGUCUACCUUGUCCGGAAGAAGGACAGUCCUAGCAUCAAACGUCUGGUGUUCAAUCUCUUCGCGGAACGCAUAUUUGAGAAUUCCAGCAUAGUGGAGCGCCUGCACGCGGGGAUCAAGGCCUGGCUUGAGUGGGAACGCAAGGAUAGGACUGCACACAAACUACGCCAGCACAUCCCCGCCCUCGUACGGCACCUCUCGAACCAUCGCCAAUACACCCCGAUCUUCGAAGACUUCGUCCUCGACAUCACGAAGACCUACUACGAAGCGGAAUCCACAGAGCGCACCGAGGCUUUACGCGGUGACGCGCGCGAUUUCCUCAAGCACUGCGAGGCACGGUGCAGAGAAGAAGACCAGCGUGCGAAGGCUGUCUUGCCGGAGUCGAGUUUGCAUGAGAUUUUGAAGACCACGGACAAGGCGCUCUUGACUGGCAGGCUGGACUGGCUUGCGAAGGAUGCGCUGGGCCGACUCAUGAACGACAAGGCUGCGCAGAAGCUGGGGAUCAUGUACCGGCUCUUCGCUCGUGUUGAAGGGCAGAAGGUGCUUUGUGCUGCGUUCAAGUUGCACGUUCAGAACACUGUCAAGGAUAUCGUGAAAAACCAGGAGCGCGACGAGGAGAUGGUCCAGAGACUGCUCGACUUCAAGGCGUUCUGCGACAGGCUCUGCACCGAGGCCUUCGUGGACAUCGUCAAGGAAGGUCCUCGCGACACGUCCAAGCCCGCCGCCGCCCCUGCCAAACGUGGCUCCUCGUCCACUUCCACCGAACCCAUCACUAUGAAGGUCCCGAACAAGGACUUCAGCUACGCGGUGAUCGACGCGUUUGCGCUUGGGUUCAAGGCCCGCAGGAACAAGCCUGCGGAGAUGAUCGCGAAGUACCUCGACCGCGCUAUGCGCAAGGGACAGAAGGGCAAGCGCGACGAGGAGUUCCAGGCGGAGCUCGACGCCGCGUUGGGGCUGUAUAGGUUCACGGACGACAAGGAUGUGUUCCGGACGUUCUACCACCGGGCGUUGGCGAAAAGGCUGCUGUUGGAGAGGAGCGCGAGUGAUGAUUUCGAGAAGGCGAUGCUGAAGAGGUUGAAGGAGGAAUAUGACCCGGAGUUCAGCAUGGGCGACCACAUGUUCAACGAUCUUGCGCUGUCGAGGGACCUCAUGCGGGAAUACAACGAGCAGCGUACGAGGCUUGGAUACGGAGAAGCGAUGCAGAAGCUCUCCGUUAUGGUCCUGCAGCGGAGCUUCUGGCCGUUCGCCGCGAGAAAACACGACGUCGAUUUACCACCGACGAUGCAAGAUGAGCUCACCAAAUACAUGACGUUCUACAAGAGCAAGCACUCGGGUCGUAAGCUUGACUGGGACCACGCUCUCGGGACGGCGACGAUCAAGGCGAGGUUCACGAACGGCGGCAAGGAACUGUCGGUCAGUUUGUACCAGGGCAUUGUCUUGCUGCUUUUCAACGAGAGCACGGAGCUGUCGUUCAAGGAGAUUCAAGAGCAGACGCGGAUGGAUGAUGCUGAGCUGCGGCGGACCCUGCAGAGCCUUGCGCUUGGGAAGAAACGCGUGCUACGCAAGGCGCCCAUGGGCAAGGAGGUCGACGACGACGAUGUCUUCCAUUUCAACGCGGACUUUACUGAUCCGCGCUAUCAAGUCCACAUCAACUCCAUUCAGGUGAAGGAGACGGCGGAGGAGAACAGGCGGACGCAGACGGCCAUCGAGGGCGACCGGAAGCAUGCGCUGGAUGCUGCGAUCGUGCGUGUGAUGAAGGCGCGGAAGGAGCUGCACUACGAGCAGCUGAAGGCGGCGACGAUCGACGCAGUGAAGGACCACUUCGUGCCCGAGGUAAGCGUUAUCAAGCAGCGCAUUGCGAGCUUGGUGGAGCAGGAGUACCUGCGGCGGGACGAGGACGACAUGAAUUUGUACAUCUACGUCGCAUAGGCUCACUUUGUCAAGUAGGCUAUGGCCUUGUCGUUGAGACUUACACGGAUUUGGUGUCCUGUGGCGGCGUUCGACCGUGUACGGCGAGGGCACCGUUGCUGCUCGGGUUCGUCUGUGUCUUGACGAUGCAGCAGGGUGGUCUGGAGGGAAGGAAGCAGUGUCGGAGCCGAGGGCAGGUGGUAUUUGGUAGCCGGCGGGGGCUGGAAGGCGCUGGGCGGGACGGGGCAUGUG